UGACACAACUUUGCAACAUAUUUUAGAUGAGUUACCGACUGUUUUUGUGGUUGGAUCAGAAAAUAUUCCAUUCUUCGGCACGUUUCUUUCUGUGGAAGUAUGCAGUGUUGGUAAUAGUUCCAUCGCUUUAUUGGUGUAGUUUGAACGUCGUUUGCCCAGGGAAUUGUGCUUGUUCCCCGUUUGGCUCAACAAGGAUCAUAGUCAAGUGCACUGGGAUCACAAGAGUACCCAGGGAUUUGCCAUCAAACACGGUGUCCCUCGAUCUCUCUGGAAACCAUUUGAGCUCUAUGGAAGAGGACGCCCUCUCGAGUCUGACAUUGCUCAAGUACAUAGAUCUUUCAAAGAACGAUUUGAAAUCAGUUCCAGAGAAUACCUUCCGAAGAAAUCCGCUUCGUUACAUAAAUCUUGGUAACAAUGCAAUACAAGGUGGAUUUUACCUCCCCAAGAGCGUCAGAAAACUCUUCGUCCUCCAUAAUAAGCUAUCGUAUGAUGACAUGAGAGUUAUUCUGAAAGGUCGUAAGCGUAUCACUCAGCUAGACAUCUCAGGAAAUCAGAUUGGACCCAACCUGACAGCCGAUCUUUUUGAUGGCUUUUGCAAUAUGUCCGUUUUACAUUUGAGCCAGUGUGGACUUAAGUACAUUGAAAACGGAACCUUCAAGGCAAUGAGGAAAUUGACGCUGCUAGACCUAACCAGCAACACAUUGUCAUAUGUUUUAUCUGGCAUCCUGGAAGGACCAUCGGAGGAGUCUCUUAGCUUGGAUUUAAGUUACAACGAGUUGACGUCUGUGCCGAGUUUUAACGGUCUUUUAAAGCUGAAAGACUUCGGUAUUAUCGGAAACAAAAUCACCGACAUUUCGCACCUUCGCUACUCAACCAUAAGAUACAUCCGAGAUCUAAUCGGACGAAAUAAUCAGAUCGCACAAUUGCCAGUGGAGGUCUUUCAGAAGUUAAAUGUUACAAAUACUUUAGAUUUGUCCUACAACAGCCUCCGGACCAUCCCAGAUGAAGCUUUUUCUGCCUGCAAGCAGCUGACCAAGUUGUUUUUAAAUUUUAAUAAUCUCUCACAUAUUACAAGGCAGACCUUUGCUGGACUAAAAAGUCUGAAGCUGCUGAUGCUUACAGGCAACAAUCUGACGUCUAUUCAUAAAGACACUUUUGCUGACACCUCUUUGGAAGUGUUGUUCCUUCAUGGAAACAGAAUAAAGCACAUCGAUGGAAACGCUUUUAAUCACCUCAAAAACCUGGGAAUGUUGACGCUGUUUGCCAACCCUAUAAACUUACUUCAAAGAGACAUGUUCACAGGAGUAGCUACCAAUGUCCGACUGUUUAUUACCUGUAAAAGUCUUCGUACGAUCCUCCCAGAGAUUCACAACCCUUUAAUCGAAUGUGCCCCGUCAGCUUCAACGUACGCACUUUGCGGUGAUAAGGUGACCUAUUCCCUGAGGUAUGAACUCUCAGGCUCAGAGUGCAAUGUGACCAAGCCCAAGCCAUAUCUUACAUGCUACAACUGCAGUUUUUGUCCAGCAGGCACCUAUGGCACACACUUAUUUUGUGUAAAGUGUCCCAAAGGAGGCUUUUACCAGGAUGAAAUGGGUCAGACCGAAUGUAAGAAUUGCAGUACGGGUACUUAUGUUCCCGAGAGGUACUUUCCUGGAAAAAGUGCAACUGAUUGCUAUGCAUGCCCGUAUGGUACCAGUACUAACGAGUCCGCUGGAUAUCGUGCAUGUAGCUGUCUCAAUAAUUUCUACCGCUUGGAUCGUUUUGGUCCUUGCACCGCUUGUCCAAGUUAUGGAAUUAACUGUGAGAAUGACGCUGCAAUAUUAGCACCAAAUUAUUUUUGGAAAUGGAGUAGCACUGAAAGAAAGGAAAAUUACACGGAAUUUGUCCUCAACAUUUACACCCACAAUGAGAGUUAUAACAAAGCCUUUUCCACCUUUGAAGGACCGUUACCAAAGCCUGUAAAGUGCCCCUAUCCAGACUCGUGUAAAGGCGGAAUUAACUCAACAUGCAAAAUUGGAUACAAGGGUAUCCUCUGUGCGACAUGUUCCUCCCACUAUUAUCACCGAUUCAACAGCUGUUUACGCUGUCCCAAGAUGUUAGUUACAAUUAUUUCCUGUUGUGUAAUAGUUUUGCUCUUUAUGCUGCUGUUUGUCAUUGUUUUCUGGGGCGACUCACGACGCACAGAAGACAAUCGUACUGUCGCAGACGUCGUCAUGUCCUGCAUCAAGAUAGUUAUUGGAUUUUAUCAAGUUCUUGCUGGCAUUUUCUCGACGUUGCUGCAAGUCCAGUGGCCAGUAAUACUUGUAUCUAUGACAGAAUACUUGAAGUUUGUCGAAGGAAACAUUUUGCAGUUCGCCCCACUAAGUUGCAUUCACCCUGUUCUCCGCUUGGACCCAUUCAUUCAAUUUGUCCUCGCUAUUACUGUAAACGUUUUCGUUAUAUCUUUCAUACUGCUUUACCUCUUGGUAAAGAAGCAUCUCAUCAAUAGGAUGGAGAACUCCACGGAAGAAAACUCUUCAGAGGGAAUAGAGAACUUUACAGAAGAAGACAAAUCAGAAACACUAGAGUAUUCCACGGAGGAAAUCGCGCCACAGAGAAUAGAGAAUUGCACAACUUAUACGAUGCGAAAUUCCGAAAAAAAGAAAGUCGCCCAGUUGAAGAAGUCGUGCUACCGAAACAUCUUUCUAUUCCUGCUGUUGUCCUACCCAAUGACGAGCAUGAAGAUCAUAAACAUUCUGCCCUUGCCUGGAGUCUGUGUGAAGGUGUGCUUUGCCAACGAUGACAACGAUUGUAGGACCCUUCUGAAGGCCGACUAUUCCAUUUGUUGUUUUACUUCCCGACACGCCGACUUUUGGCACAUCGCUGCCGGCUUUGCUCUGUAUCCCAUCGCCUUCCCAAUACUGCUGCUGGCGCUAAUUUGGAAAUAUCGAACUGACUCUCAAGAGCACAAACAGAUUUCCUUCGGCUUAAAAGUGUUCUAUGAAAACUAUAAGGACAAGUAUUGGUUCUGGGAGAUAGCUGAGAUGUACCGGAAGCUGAUUUUUAUUUCAGUCAUUCUUCUGUUUGACUCCGAAAGUGAUUCUCAAAUUGGCUUUGCUGUGAUAGCAGCAAGUGCAUCGGGAGUUUUGUACACCAUCUUUCGACCGAUAAAAGACAAGUUUGAAGAUCGACUACAAACAUUUGUGCUUUGGGUAAUAUUUUUCAAUGUCUGUCUUGGUGCAAUUUACUCGCAGCCAACUGUCAAGGACAGCGGUGGAGGAAACAAUUCUACCUUUAUCAACGUAAUGUUCCUGAUUCUCAACAGCGCCGUGCUGAUCGUGGUAGUUGGAAAAGGUAUUCAUCAUCUGAAAGAUGCUUUCCGAUGCAAGAGGCACCAGAGCUUGGAAAUGAUGGAGCCACUGACCUAUGAACACUAAUGAUGAAGAAUAAAACCGUCAUGACUUAGCCUUUAACGUUUAUAUACCCGAUUAAAUGUUCUUCUUGAAAACCUCUUAAGCAAUGUAGAAUAUAUAUCUUGAUGACUUAAUCAGUUUAACCGAGUUAGUAGUGUAAGAGGCAAGACCUUAUCAGCAUAUCGAUAUAUGAUGAUUAUUUGAGCUUUUCCAGAGGGAGGAGAUAAAAAUUGAAUUCGUCAUCCUAAAAAACAUUGAAUGAAAGAAACGGUAAUAGGAGAGGAAGAAUGCAUUUCUUUUUGCUUUUCACUAUUUUCAUUAUUUUGCUGUAUACCAUAUAAGCUUCAACUAAAUUGCAAACGGACUAUAGUUAUUGUAAAUGGGUAAUUUGAUAUUUUUACCCAACCCUACUUGUUACUAUUAAAAGAGGAAAGGCACUCAA